CGACGUCCGCCGCCGUCUCCUGUAGGUCGUGAUACCCGUUAACACGGAGUUACCUACGGUCUGAGGUCGCCGCUAAUCGAACGCGAUAGCGUUUGUUGCGUUACCCGUAACUUUAUACCAUUCACCACGUCAUUAUUACGGACGCGUUAUGCGAAACGCGCACCCUAUCGAACCGUAAUGCAUGCCGUCCGCUCGACGCCGGCGCGAUAAAGACAAUCGGGUUACGACGGCGGCGUUCCUUCGGACAACGGACGCAACUAACCACGGUCGUCUGCGCGGUUACCACAGAAACUGGCGGACGCGCUCGCGCGCGCGCGCUCACUCGAUCACGGGCCAUGCGUUUUCCCGCGAACCGUCGUGGCCGUAUUCUUACGACGCCCGCCAACUGAACCGUUCGGCUGUUCGUACUGCGGGAUCAUCGUCAUCAAAGUCGGCGUGCGCGCGGCGAUAUCGUCCCGGCGCGUUAUCCAAUUAUCAUUAUACCCGGUAAGUAGCUGGUAGUAACUGUUAUUUUUAUUUAUUUAUUUUUUUUUUUUUUUUUUUUUUUUUUUUUUUGCUGCUGUUUUUUUUUCCUUUUUCUUUAUCUAUAAUAUUUAAGAACCGCCGCCCGAAUACAGCUGUGGCUCUGAUAGCGGGAGGGUGGGAGAAUACCUACCGUUUGAAUAAUUAUAAUAACGAUGUGCGGUAACGUUCGUUUUUAAGGAGGGACACGGCCUGAUCAAAAUCGGCAGCUAUAUUAUAGACGUGCAAUACAGCAGUUUAUAUUCUUAUCAGUAUGUCAAUAAAAAAUUUCAUAAUAUUAUUAUUACGUAUACCGUAUACCUACCCAGGUAUUAUGAAUAUUAUGACGUCAUAUUUAGCGUUUAGUUACCUAAAUUUUGUAUUUCUCUUGGUGGAAUGCGAAAGGGAAGGGGCGAUUUAUGAAUUGCACACCACAUUUUCAGAUACGUGAAAACCUCACGCCCUCAAUUUCAAUGUGUUAUUUUUUGUGCGACUUCUUUCCUCUCGUUACACGUCUCACGAAAAUAUGCCACAGUUUUUAAUGGGUUUUAUUAACCAUUCAUAUUUUAUGAUGUAUUAGUUAAUCGUUCAAAAAAUUAUCAAAACCCCCUCCCCCCCACCUGGAUUAAUAACCGCUGUGUUGUACUUUGUACAAACCUAGAAGGAAAAUACAAAUCUAAUAAAUUGAACUAACUACCUUGGUAUAUCUGUUUUUUUUUUUCUAAUUUUCAGUCGAUAUUUUACCAAACUGCAAUUACUAUUUUUAUAUAACUUAUCGGAUAGAAUUCUUUUUUUUUCAAUAGGUAGGUCAAAUAAUUACCAAUAGUUAGCCAAAAUAAUUAUUACUAUGUUGUACACUCUCAGCAGUUCAAAUUAAAACACGUUUAAUAUUUACCUAUCUACCUGUGUAAAUAUCAGUGAACAAAUUUGGGAGUAGGGGAGAAGUUAAUUUCGCAAUUCAUUCAGUAACACACAUCUUAUUUGACCUAAAACCAAUCGAUUUUCCAUAAAUUAAUAAGUAGGUAUAACAAUAUUCGAAAAAAACACAUUUUUUAUUUUUUUCUAAUGAUACAAUAGUAAACUACUAUUAUACGUACAAUUUUAGGUAUUUGUCAAAUAAUAUGUACUUUUAAAAUACUCCAAAGUUCAAAAAAAUUGUCAAAAACCCUUUAUGGGGGUUAUAAUCUAAUGACACCUCCCCUCCCAUCUGUCUUCAAACACUGCCACUGUCAGCAUUUAAAUUUAAUUUGAUGUAUAAUUAUUAUAUGUGGUUUUAACUUAGGCCUUAAUGAAAUAAAUACCAAAUAAUUAAUUAAUAUACCUACCUAUUUUUUUUUCUAGUGAUAAAAUUAUUUGUAUCAUUCAAAUCUUCAAAAAUAAACUAUGGAUUCUAGAGAUAGUGAUGGUGAGUUGUUAAAUAUUCUCAUUUUAUAAUUAAUAAUUAAUAUUUAAGUUAGUUUUAUUUAUCUACCACCUACUAAAAUUAAUAUUAAACAUUUUGUAAUAGAUUCAAAUUUAUUUAUUUAUGUUUAAUUAAUUUUUUUCCUUUUAGAUAUGAAAGUUGAACCGUCUAGUCCAAUACGGAAUUCAAAUCCAUUUAGUCGAUCUAGUAGUGGAAGUUCCCUUCAUGCUGGAAAUCAAAGUAGUAGUAGUGGCCAUGGUAUAGUAAUAUUUUGUUAAAUAAAUAUUUAAUUUUUAAUAUUACGAUUAAUUUUAUACAAGUUAAAAUGAAAAAUUUUAAUUUUAAAACCAAACAAUUUUUUUAAUUUUAAGAACAACUAAUUUAUUUUAUUUAAUUCUGAUUUGAACUUUUUUGGAUUUAUCUAUUAUUUAAAAGAUACAUUUAAUACAAUUACUGUUCAAUUAUUUUUCAUAUAAUAAUUGAUCUGGUUAAAUUUAUUUUGCUUAAACCUGAUUUUUAUAGUUCACUGCAAGAAUUCCUGACGCGCAGAUGUUUCAUCAUAAAUGAAAUUCGGCAUAAACAACUCACACCAGAUGAGUUAUACGUUUAGUGUAGGAUGAAAAUAUUGGCCCGUCUAGAUUGUCGAUGUCAGUAGUAUCACAGUCCAUAUAACGGGUCUCUUCAUAUUUACUUGUGGGUGUACCAAUAAGGUAGACUAGUAAGAUUGUAAGUUAAUUCUUGUUGUUCUUCAAAACAUUUCAUGUCUGCAUUGUAUAAUUCUUCGAAUAUUUUAAACUAGCAUAUUUUUUUUUAUUAUUAUUAUUUAGUAGCUUGCCUCUUUCUAUCUAUAUAUGUAGUAUUGUAGUUAUAAUAUUUAGUUUUUAUUGUAAUUAUUCAAAUUUAUCAAUGCUUUAAUAUUAAAAUGUUUAACAAAAAACUUCGUUUUUCCAGAAGAUGAUGAUAGUGAAGAAAAAGGUUCACCAAAUAAUUACAAAGAAAGACGGCGAGAAGCACACACUCAAGCCGAACAAAAACGUCGCGAUGCCAUUAAAAAGGGGUAUGAUUGCCUACAAGAUUUAGUACCCACCUGUCAGCAAACCGAUAGCAGUGGUUAUAAACUUAGCAAAGCAACAGUAUUACAAAAAUCUAUAGAUUAUAUACAAGUAUGUUUCAACUAAUAUAUUUUAUCUGGUUCUAUAAAUAUACUAUUAUAUUGAAAAACCUCCUAUAUGCAAAAUGUUUGAUUUUGAGGUUUUGAUAUCCCCGAUUCAGAAAAAAAUAAACUAUCAUGUCAUAAUAUUUCCUAUGUGUUAUCUUUAUGAAAUAAUGAAUGAAAAAUAAAAAAACAAAAACCUCUCAUGUUUUACUUACACUGAAUCAUUUGUGAAAUACCUCUUUAUUAAAAAUGUCCUAUGUGGCAUUGCAUAUGCAGUAUAAUAAUCAUAUAAUUCAUAAGACCAUAACUAUUAAGUUUUUAUUUCGAUUUUUGAUUUUUUUUUUUUUGAAUCGUUUUCUUAAAUAUUAAAAUACAAAAUAAAAUAUUACAAUUAAAAAUGUAUAUGAAAGAUAAUUCUAAUUGAAUAAUUAAAUUUAAAUUUAGUCAUUUUAAAUAACAUAAGAAAUUGAACUAUAAUUUGUAUGUUUAAUUAAUUAUUAGAUUUCUAGUUAAGUAUAAACCAUAAACAGUUUUAUUAAAAAAUAUAAUUUACUUACAUAAAUUAAACUAAAUAUAUUGAUUAAUAAUUGAUUUCAUGUACAUACCUAAACUAUAUCAUGUUAAUUUCAUAGAUUCUGGAAUUUUAGGUAUUGUGUGUUUUUUGUAGAAUUUCGGCCAAUGAUAUUACAAAUAAUUUUUAAAUGAAUUAGAUUUGUACUAAAUAUCAAAAAAAAAAAAUUAAUAACAAUAUACAUUUAUAUAUAUAUAUAUAUAUAUAUAUAUAUACUUUAUUUAUAUUUAAUUUUUUGUUUAUUUAUAGUCAUGUUUAAUAUGUGUUAUUCGCUAAUCACAAGUUUAUCAUAAUGAACAAGUACUUUAAUGUUUCAAUAUUAGUUUUCAUUACUGAGUUCAUUGUCAUUGAUAUUAAUCAAUCACAUUGAAAUGAAAACAUGUGUAGUUGUGACAACAUUAGCCUAUGUGUCUAAUGUCUAUAUUGAUAAUAUUGUUAAUGUGUGCCCACUGAACUUCAUAAUAGUUUUCAUACAGAUUGUUUUUUAUUGAAUCAGAAUUUUAUUACUAAGUAGUAUAAGUUUUCUUGUUUGACAUUUUGAUUAAUAUAUAAUAUAACCACCUAUGCCUUAUUAAUAUUCUACUGUGUACCUACUCUUAAGUAAUAUCUAUAGACAACUGUUUAAUGUUAAUAUUUGAUCAAUAUUGACUUUUAAUUGAAUCAUUAGCUGGUAGUAUUAUAUUUGAUGCAAUAUAUUAUUUUGAUUUAUAAUUAUAUUUUUCUUCUCUUUUAUCAUUGGAUUUAAAGUAAUGAUGAAUUAUAAAUUAUAAAUUGUCUUUCUAUUGCCAUUAAUUGUGAUUUGACACUAUUAAUAUUAUUAUAAUAUUUAAUAAUUAGUACUUGCUGUUACAAAAAAAGAAAUUAGAAGAUGAACGUAAUGCUUUGCGGAAAGAAGUUGUUGCGUUAAGAAUUAUGCAAGCUAAUUAUGAACAAAUGGUAAAAGCUCAACAGAUUCCAAUGGGCCAUAUUGAAACUAGAAUUCCAGAUGAAGACAAAUUUCAAAUGGUAACUUUAAUAGCUAUUAUAGAUAUAUUUAAAUAAAUAUAUUUUGCUGAUAAGUUCAAGAAAGUACAAAAAAAAUUAUGUAAAAUAUAAACACAUAUGCAAAAAUAAUAUGUAUAAAACUCCUUUCUAUGUUACAAAUUGUGUCAGUAAUAUCUUAUCAAAAAUCUCAUUGUUUAUUAAUCAUUAUCAGUAUAAUUAGACUGUAUAAUUUAUAUUAUUACAUAUUUCAAUCAUUUUUUACUAACUAGUUGAUGAAUAGGGUUAGGAAAAUGAUGGACUAAAAAUCUACAGAAAAGACAUAAAAAAAAGUUAACAAAUUUUUUGCUACAAAAUGAAAAUGCUGUAAAAAAUUAACUUAAAAUUUAAAAUUCUGACAUAUAUUAUGUUCCCUUAUAUAGGACAUACAAUAUCACUCAAUAAUAUUGAAUUACUAAAAAAAUAAAAUUACUAGAAAAAUAUUAUAUUAGAUAUAAAUUAAAAUAAAUUUUAAAAAAAGUAUUUCUAUUUGAAAUUAUGAUUUGUCCUUACUAGAUUUUAAUGAAUCAUUUUAUAUAUCUUAUUGAGUUGAAUUACUAAUACAAAAUUGUCAAUAAAAUUAAUUAUAUAACAAAACAAAUUUGUAUGAUUUCUAAUGAUUAUUACUUAACUAAUUGUGCAAAAAAUGUUUCCUUUUUUGUAUUUGUUUACAGCGUCAAACAAUUUGUAAUAUAUAAUAAUAAUUUAUAGUUUCAGAAUAUUAUGGAUGAAUUAUUUUUUACAUUUUGUAACAUAAAUGUUAAUAAUUUUACUGAACUGUCUGCAUGCGUGUUCAGUUGGCUUGAAGAACACUGUAAACCCCAAGUAAUUAUUUUAUUAUUUUAAAAUUAUUAUUUACCUUUUGACAAUAAAUUAGUGUUUAUUCAUAUUUCUAUAAAUAAUAUAAAUAAAAAAUUGUUUAUAUUGAAGUCAUUAUUUUCAAAUAUAAUAACUAAUAUUAAAAUAGAAACAAAUGUUCAUAACAUAAUUUAUUACUUUUGAAAUAUACUCAGACAAUCUGAAACAAUUGUUAUUUAUAAUUAUAUUCUACAUAAUUCUGUUUAGAUACUAUUUUCUUUAAUACUUAUAGAUUUAAAUUUGUAUGAUUUCAGACGUUACAAAAUUUAAUUGAGACUGUUCUUGAAAAAGAAUCUAAAAGUCAUUCCCCUACCUCGUCAGCAAAAAUGUCACCAUAAAGUAUAUGUUUUAUAUUUUUUACCAAGUAUCCGAUGUUUUAUGUAUAAAAUAUAUUU